UUCGAAAUUCAUAAAAAGUAGGAAAUGUUUACAAACAAAUCGAUAAAUGUGCUUUUUACUUUUUACAUUUGACAGCGACGACAACAAAAGCGAACAAAAGUGAGGUUAAGCGUCAUGGACACUUUGACAUUUGGUACUCACAGAUUGAUCCAUUUGGAUUUUAAAGGGGCCCCGCCGAAACCGAGUUAUCUCGAGAAGUUUUUUCCUUUAAUAAAAGAUAUCGGAGCAACGGGGAUUCUUUUAGAAUGGGAGGAUACGUUUCCGUACACGAAAGAAUUGCUUCAAAUUGGGGGUUUGUCGAACAGUGCCCAAGCAAGUGGAGCACCGUACACAAUAGAAGAAGCAAGGCAUAUACUUGAAUUAGCUGCUGAUUGUGGGUUAGAAAUAAUACCCUUAGUACAAACAUUUGGUCAUAUGGAAUUUGUAUUAAAAUAUGAACAAUGGAGGGGAUUACGCGAAGUUGAAGCUUAUCCAAGUUCCAUGUGUCCAAGUAAUAGUGGUACAAUGUCGCUUGUACGGAGUCUAAUUAAACAAAUUGUCUCUUUCCACCCAAACAUCCAAUACCUUCAUAUUGGGGCUGAUGAAGUUUGGCACAUGGGGUUGUGCCAGGCUUGCUCAAAACGAGUACAAUCAAAUAAAUAUGGAAAAGCUGCUCUUUAUUUAGAUCAUGUAACCGAAGUUGCUCAAUACAUCAAAGAAAAUUACCCAAAUUUGCGAGUUAUCAUUUGGGAUGAUAUGCUAAGAACAAUUGAUGAGAACAUUCUUCAAGAAUACUACAUUGGAAAUUUGGUUGAACCAAUGAUUUGGCAUUAUAAUAGUAGGGAUACUUUUCAAUUAGGAGGACAAUUAUGGGAAAAGUAUGGGAAUGUUUUUACAAAUGUUUGGGCUGCAACUGCUUUUAAAGGGGCUACAAGCAGUUGUCAAAUUCUUCCUGUCCAUAAAUUCCAUGUUAGUAAUCAUGAGGCGUGGUUAUCUGAGUUAGGGAUGCAUGUGGGGAAGGUUUUGAAUUUUAGAGGGAUUGUUUUAACAGGGUGGUCAAGGUAUGAUCAUUAUGCUACGUUAUGCGAAAUUUUACCUUGCGCUAUUCCAACGUUGUUUUUGUGCAUGAAAACUUGGUUAUCUGGAGGAUAUUCUCAGGAUGUUUAUACAUCAAUCAGUAAAGUAUUGGGUUAUACAGAAACGGUGCUCCAUAUGGAACCUCCCAUAAGACCGAUUCCCAUUCCUUCGCAAUUAUCGUUUCCUGGAUGGCAAAUUUUAGUUGGUUUUGAGUGGUUUGCCAAUAUUAAGUCGAAGUAUCGAAGCUUAAUUGAUAGCGAUCAGAUAAACACUUGGUUUAAUCAAUGGCAGGUGUUAAAUAACUACACAAAUCCAAUGCAAAUUGAAAGUAUUUUACCCGUACUAGCUAAUCUCCACGUUGAGAUUUCCUCCCUCGAAAAUUAUUUGAAAUCGAAUUUGGAGCAAUACUUUUAUCCGUACACGAUAGAGGAAUUAAUUGGGACGUUGAUCUUGCCUAUAAAGCAGCACGUAAGACAAUUAUCGUGCGAGUGCGAAUCGCAAUUAUCGUUUGGGUGCCGCGUUCGAGGACAAAAAAGUCUCAAUUUAUGAAAAUCUUUUAACUACUUUUCUACUAGACUUUGUGAUAUUUCUCGAUAUAAUUUUAAUAAUGUAAGUAUUCUCAUGUACCUAUUAUAGAUAUUACGAUAAGAACUUAAUCAAAAAAAAAAAAAGAAUAAUAAGGAAAUGGAGUAAGUAAACUUGCACAAAUAAAGUAUUAAUAUAAAAACGUUUUAUUUUCCUUGCCUUUUUCCUCAAUAAAUUGUGAUAAUUUUAACAUUCUCUUAGUUGACCGAGAGAACAUAACCUAGAAAUUGUGACAGAGAGAUUUUUUGUUGGUGAAAAUCUUAUCUUAAACCGUUUUGUUUGCUUCAAAAAGUAUCAAUUAUUAUAGUUCAGCUCCUAAAGCACAUUUUUCAUCCA